UCAGCUUACAACUUCUUUUAAUCUUCUUAAAUUUCACGAAAAAGGUACAUAUACAACGAUUACAUACAAAGAAAUGGAUAUUCCUCUCUCCUGUCCUGCAAAUUAUAAUUAUACUUCACAUUUAGUCAAAUCUGCAUGUCAAAUUCGUAGUGCAAAUUUAAUUUUUAUGUGGAUAAUCGGUGUACUUCUUGCAUUACCUUUCUUAGGAGCCUUUUCAAGUUAA